AUGUGUACGCCAGGUACUAAUCUGGACAGCUCAUUUGGAAAGUCAGGACCAACAGAGGAUAUUAAGUUUGAAAUUUCAUCUGUUAUGCCGAUGGAGCCUCACACACGAGGACAAGCUGAUAAGCUGGCAAUUCCCCAAAGGUUAAUGGCAUACCGCCAGUCAUGUUCUACAGUCAAUCUGAAGUAUGACGCAUCAGAGUUUUAUCUUGAAGGCUGUAAAGUUGAUUCCGGUUUGUAUGAUGUUACUCUAGAGGUGGACAGGCACUAUCAACCACAACCUGUUCCAUAUAUUUCUACAAAAAGCAACUUAACUGGUAAAUCGAUUAUUGGCCACCCACUUACUGUUGACGUGUUAGAAGGUGGUGCAGUAAUUGAAAAGAUGCCAUGUGGAAGGCCACGCACAAAGAUUAUCAGUCCGAAGCAGCUGAUCCCACCAGUGAAAUCACGAAAAUGGUAG